GUAAUUUGUGAAUACAGUCUGUUACGGUCGCCAUACGGUGCUGUUGUAUUCUGUAUGUGGAUGGCUUGGCAUUAAAUAGAAGAUAUACAAGAAAGUAUGGACCAGCCACUUGAAUUAAUGUGAACACCGGUUUUCUAUCAUGGUCCAUGGUGCCGACACAAACUUUCCUCAGAUACUGUUUUAAUCAAUUUCGGAUACAAAAAUGACGACAUCCCAGUACAAAGGUCAGGUUCCUUUUCGGAACAAGGGUCAAACCACCUGUAUACACCACAAAGGGACACAACUAGACCAUUACUGUGAAGAAUGUGAAGUUCCUGUUUGUAUCAACUGUGUAUCCACUAUUCACAAGAGGCAUUCGUUGUGUAGUCUAAAAGAAAUUACUCCCCAAAAGAAAAAAGAGAUUCAAAAAUUUAUAGACAAAUCUGAGAAAUUCGACCUGGUACAAAUCGACAAGUAUAUCGCAUCUACUGAUAAACACCUAAAGGACAAUGCCAGCCACUUUGAAGACCUUUCUCAGACGUUAACGAUGCAAACAAACAAACUUAAAGACGACCUUGACCUACUUACAGCUGAGACUCUGUCUCGCUAUCAGAAAAUGGAGGAGGAUAACAUCAAACUAUUGCAAACCUACAAACAGGACCUAGAACUAUAUGACAGACAGUUAAAACAACAAGUAAAAGAAUGUAAGGUUGUACUUCAGCGUGGCUCUGACAUACUAAUCUACGACGCAGGAUCUGAAAUUCAAUCUUCUGUCACACUCCCUGUAAAACCAACCCUGGGUACCGCUAGCUUCAGUCCGAACCGAAAUCCUCGCGGUCACCUUGAACAAGCUUUGGGAAAAGUUAACAUCUCAGAUCAAGGUCAUGGUCAAGCCUUACAAGAACAGGAGCGUUCAGUAGGAUCAUCUGCUGGACAAGGAUUAUUCUCUACACAACCUCAGUCAAACCUAAAGGUUAAGACACCCUCUACUCAACAGAUAUCAGAGCCACAAGGAAGAAAAGCCCCUGCACAGCAAAUGACAAAAGGAACAAAGGAAGUGACCAGACCAGUACACACCCUGUUGUCUGAGACCGAUAUGUUGGAGGAGUGGACGUCUCAAUGUGACAUUAUGUCUGUAUGUCCCACGACUGAUGGCCAGGCAUGGACCAGUUACUCUAUGAGUGGCACAUUAACUCGCCUGGAUAAGAAGGGCAGAGUAUUACAGAAGGUCAAACAAAAUACUGGGAUCAGUGAUAUAAGUCUUUCACCAACAAAAAGAAACCUUUGGGCAUGUGACUUGGAAAACAACAUCACAGAACUCGUGUCAGGGCGACUAGUUAAUAGAUUCAGUACACACAAAACACCACUGUGUAUCUGUAUCACAGGUGAUACUCAUGUCAUUGUGGGGAUGACCAAACACAUUUCAAAAUUUACAUCAAAAGGUACAUUGGUACUUACUACGUUGGCUGCGCGGACUGGGAAAUCAUUGGUGUGUACACCACACAGGAUCUCAGAGUGUCCUGUCACUCACAAUGUCGCAGUGGCUGACAUGGAUAUCAAACGUGAUGGUGGUGAAGGAAAACCGCAUGUUGUUGUCAUGGACACAGAUUUUAAGAAACUAUUUAUGUAUGAUGGUGGAAUCCCCCAAAAAUAUCAACACACGCCACAGACAGGAGGUCGACAAUUUGACCUCUAUGGUGUGGUGUAUGACAGUGUGGGUAACCUCGUCAUAGGAGAUCAUGAAAACAACCGUGUCUUUCUUAUCAGUGGGAGUGGUGAGUUCCUCAGACUCAUACACUCUAGUGACUACAGUACAUUUGCUAUUGGUGUAGACAGGGAGGACGUCCUGUGGGCGGUGUUUAGGGGUAACAAUGUCAAACUCCUACAGUACAGAAGUUAGAAGCAUCUAGACAUACUACAAUGUCUAUACCUAAUUGCCAUGACAACGAUUGCUCCAAUUAGGAAUUUGUGUCAUAUAGUGUCGAAAAUAUUCCUUCAUAAACUCGACAUUGAGCUCUUCUGUCAACACAAAAGACUAUUUCCUAGACAAAAAAAUACCCUAACUAGUUUGCAAACUAUACAUUUCUUGACUUGCAGUAAAUUUAAGGCACCCUUCAAGUAAUUCAAGACCAAGUAAAAUACGGCAUUUAAUGAGCUGAGAAAUUGUUCCCAUCACAAUUCACAGCGAGUCAGAUCGCUCAGACCCCGUGUUAGUUUUUUCUUAUUUUUAGUUGACCAUAAUAUUUACAACUCAUAUUAAAAUGUUAGUAACAGCAAUUCAAUUAUACAUCUUGUGUAAUCAAUCGCACCCUCAUCUCACGUACUCACCUCAUAUAUUUAAUUUCUAUUUAACAUUCUUCGUUUUUGUAGAAACGAUAAUAGUGUUUAACUUAACGAACCAGAAGAGUUAUGUUUAGCAUCAACAUAAAUGUAUUAAGUUUUUAUAAUCAUGACAUUCCUACUGCAAUGUAUACUUUUUGUAUGUUAAAGUUUGUAUGUAGCAUUCUUCGUUAUUCUCAAAUUACAUUUUAUUGAAUAAGACAACUUGUUAUGUCAUACAAAGAAAGCAAUCUGUUUAUAAUCAUACUUAUUAUUGUAUAUUGGACCCAUCAUAAACCCCUUUAUGAUCAGGUCUGGACCAUUUUCUAGUUGUAAUGUAUUUGAUUACACAUAUCUUAUGUGAAAUAAAAAUCCAU